UGCUGAGCUGCUCGGAACGGCUUGGUGAGGUCUCAGGGAGGAAUAACUCAGUUCUUGAGAGGUGCGAGUUGAGCUGGCAAGCAGAGAGUGCUCCCUGUGCUUCCCAGGGAUGCACAAAGUGGGUGGACACAUCAGAGGGUCCUUUUUUAUAGGAGCAUUUUGCUCUUGCUUUUAACCCAGACGCUCUGUCUGUGCAAGACUGACAAUAAAUAACUCUUUUGAGUGCUGUGGAGAGAUGGAAACUGCAGCUGAGAAAUGAUUUUGGGGAGAGGAAGACAGAAAAGCACAAGCAACCUGUUAUGGAAGUGCAAAUAUCCUUCUAAAGGAUUCGGCAAAUGAACCAGCUAUGGAGUCUGGCUGUAGUCCCAGCACGGGAGAUUUCUCUUCAGAGAAAACCUGUUAACCAUUUGGAGGGAGUGCAUGGGAAUGAGAAGGAGUUCUUGACCAAAGCUCUGCUGCAGGUUUAGUGCCCCAACAGAGAACAUCUCUGUAGACCUGCAGGACCAUCUCUCCUGGCAAUGGAUAAGUUCACAAAUGGGCAGCCAGGCCCAGCUCAGAGGAACAGGUUCAUAGGAUUGCUAGAAACAGAUGACAGCAUCCAGGAAGAUAAACCUGCUCUGAGUAAAAAGGAAGAAAGGUCAGGACAUGGAAGGAAAGGAGAGCCACAACCCUUGGAGACACCAUAUCAGAAGGAGAGCAGUGACUUUGCCCCUAAAAUCAAGGUUAAUCUGAACUAUCGGCCAGGACUCGUCAGCAACCAGAAGGACCCGAAUCGCUUUGACAGGGACCGGCUGUUCAGCGCUGUGGUCAGGGGCAGCCCCGAGGCACUGGAGGGUUUGCUGGAGUACUUAAGGAGGAACUCCAAAUUCCUCACCAAUUCCGAGUACACAGAUGCAAAGACUGGGAAGACCUGCUUAAUGAAAGCCUUGCUGAACCUAAAAAAUGGGAAGAAUGACACAAUCCCAGUCUUGCUGGAAAUAGACCAAAAGACACAGAACCCCAGGCCACUUGUAAACGUGUCCUGCUCUGACUGUUUCUACAGAGGCCAGACUGCCCUGCACAUUGCCAUCGAGAAAAGGAGCCUUGAAAUGGUGAAACUGCUGGUGGAGAAUGGAGCUGAUGUCCAUGCCAGAGCCCACGGUGAAUUCUUCAGGAAGAAGAAAGAAGGAGUUUACUUUUAUUUUGGUGAACUCCCCCUCUCCUUGGCUGCCUGCACCAACCAGCUGGAUGUGGUGGAUUAUCUUUUAAACAACCCCCACCAGAAAGCCAGGCUGCAGGAGCAGGACACCCAGGGCAACACCAUCCUCCACGCCCUGGUGAUGAUUGCAGAUGACACUGAGGAGAACACCAAGUUUGUGAGCACGACCUAUGUGGAGAUCCUGAAGGCGGGCGUGAAGCUCGACCCCACGUGCAAACUGGAGGAGAUUGUGAAUUAUGAUGGGUUAAAUCCCCUGCAGCUUGCUGCCAAGACAGGCAAAGUGGAGAUCUUCAGGCACAUCAUCCAGAGGGAGAUCAAGGACCCCGUGUACCGGCACCUGUCCCGCAAGUUCACCGAGUGGACCUACGGCCCCAUCCACGUGUCCCUCUACGACCUGUCCUCCCUGGACAGCUUCGAGGAGAACUCAGUGCUGGAGAUCCUGGCCUACAGCAGUGACACCCCAAAUCGAUACAAGAUGGUGGUUUUGGAGCCCCUGAACAAACUCCUUCAGCAAAAAUGGGAAACGUUUGCUUCCAAGAGAUUCUACUUCAGCUUUGUCUCCUACUUGUCAUUCAUGAUCAUCUUUACAGCCAUUGCAUACUAUCAGCCCUUGAGGGUAAAGCCUUCCUUUCCAGUGGAGUUCACAGCUGGAGGCUUCCUGUGGGUCUCUGGCCUGAUCAUUAUCUUGUUAGGAGGCAUUUAUCUGAUCUUUGCUCAGAGCCUGUACCUGCGGAGGAGACGCCAGUCCCUGAAGACCAUGUGCUCUGACAGCUGCAUCGAGAUCCUGAUCUUCAUCCAGGCAUUCUCCUUGCUGCUCUCAGCAGUGCUGUAUGGGGCCAGCUCAGAGAACUACGUGGCAGUGAUGGUGUUCUCCCUGCUCCUGGGGUGGGUGAACACCCUCUACUACACCCGGGGCUUCCAGCGCACCGGCAUCUACAGUGUCAUGAUCCAGAAGACCAUCAUGAGAGACCUGCUGCGUUUCCUCUUGGUUUAUAUGAUCUUCCUGUUUGGCUUUGCUGCAGCUCUGGUGACACUGAUGGGUGAUGCCCCCUCGGUGUCUCAGAACAAGUCCCUGGCUCACCUGGAGAGCUCGGGGAGCCACGCCAUGUACGGGGGGCUGCUCAGUGUCUCCCUGGAGCUCUUCAAGAUCACCAUUGGCAUGGGGGACUUGGAUUUCCAGGAGCACGCCAGGUUCAGAUAUUUUGUGAUGCUGCUGCUGCUGCUGUUUGUGAUCCUCACCUACAUCCUGCUGCUCAACAUGCUGAUUGCCCUCAUGAGCGAGACUGUCACGGAUAUUUCUGGCUACAGCAAGAGUGUCUGGAAGCUGCAGAGGGCAAUUGCUAUUCUAGAAAUAGAGAAGGCCUGGCUGUGGCGCCAGGGUGGGAAGAGGAGAUCUGGCUGCUUCAUGUCAGUGGGGCUCAAUAAGAAAGAUGAGAGGUGGUGUUUCAGAGUAGAGGAAAUUAAAUGGACAGAUUGGGCAAAGGAUGUGGGAGUUCUGAAGGAAGAACCUGGAAACACCAGUGAUUCAGAAAUAAAUCCAGAAGAGCCCAGGUCCUGGAAAAGGCCAGCACAGAAACCAGCCCGAGCAGCUGCCCCAGAGGAGCAGUCCCUGCUGCAGCCCCAGCCAGCAGCCACAGAGAUGGUGCCUCUGCAGAGACAAACCAGAGAGCUUUGACAGCUUUUCUGAACUGCAGCCUCACCUCCAUCUUCAGAGGAAGAGUUCUUCCUCCAGCAGCUGGAAGAACUGAAGGCAUUGUAAAGUGCAUUUCAUGCAGGACUGUGGUUCAGCCUGUGGCUUUCAGUAUUGUCAUGCACUUCAAUGAUUAUUUUCCUCUGAAGAAACUGUUUUUACUCGACUUUCUCUGCCUGACACUUUCUUAUUGCUAUGCCUAAAGAUGCAGUGGUGGGAGCAAGCUCCUGGGGCAGUGGGGAAGGCAGAGCUCUCUGAGCUGUGCAGGGAUAAUGCUCGUGGAUAAUGCUCAUGGAAUGACCUGGCUGAGGAUGGCCCAGCCUAUUCUUCUGUCACAAGGGACUGCACUGAAGUGCUUUGGAAUAAAGAGUGUUGUAGAGUCCUAAAAGCUGCUGAGGGUGGAGUUGUCUUCUGUGCUGGUGUGAGAUGUGAGUGGACAAACACUCACCUGCAGUGCUCUGUGGUUAAUCCACAUCAGGAUCCCCAUCUCACACUUUUAAAUGAAACUCUUUGCACAUUUGCUUAAAAGCCCAGGAAGUGAUGUGGAUUUCCUGGACCUGAAACUUUGUGUGGUGGAUUUCUGGGACUGUCUGUUUUUCAUGGGUUGCUUUGUCUCUGUAAUAAACAGCAGCAGAAUCCUCCUCGUGGCCCCUGAGAGACUGAUGGGUCAACACUUUUUGUGUGGUUUCUGCUUCCUGUCUUGCUGCAAAUGUCUGCAGAAAAAUGUCUGUUGUUACUUUUUGGGACUUGCACCCUGCUUCAGGCAGGAGGGGCAGCCUGCUGUAAAGUCUGCAGGAAAAGAGAUAAAAAUGAGCUGUCUCACUUUUCAUUCGAUAUAAUAGUAAUGACAUGUUAAAUUUCUGUAAACAAUGCAUCAAGUAUUAAUUGAAAAUAUUCAUUUUUUUGAUAUCUUUUUAGAGCUUUUGCCUUUCACAGAAAGGGAGAGAAGGUUUUAUCAGUGUGGACUGUAAGUUCUUAUCAGACUCCUGAUUACUGCAGGGGGAGUUAACUCUGGUUUCUCAUGGCCUGAUGUCAGUUUGUGCAGCCACAUCUGAGCAUGGAGCAGCUGAUGCUGCACUGGAUGCACCUUCCAGUCCAGGGAAAGGUUGGUGAGAAUCUCAGGAAAGCUGCAGACCACAGGGGCUGGCAGCACCUUUCCUUCAGUGAGAUAAACUAUGCAACCUGAGAUCUCUGUCUCAAUUCCACUCUGAGAGUGAGGCUUGGAGGUUUCUCUUUUGGAGACCAUUAUCUUAAUCCUCACUGCAUGCAUGUGACAGGCAGCAAAAAUUUGUUUUAAAACUUAUUCCCUGCACUUCAGUGGGUUCUUCCCACCCUGCUGGGCAAUUCCCCCUCCAACCUCACUGCACUGGGACUCUGAAUGGGAACUGAACUUUUCUUGCUCCAGCUUCUGUUGUUUUCUUGCUUUGUGAAGCCUUCAGCUGCUUUUUCCAUCUAUGGCUUUGUCCUAAGUGUUCCCAAGAUUUGGCAAGGUGCUUAUAUUGCACGGAAGGCUCAUCUGGCACAUGAUAAAUCUAUCUCUGUGCUUGGUGCUUCGCUGUGGCAGGGACACUUGAAGAUUCUGAAGAAAUGCAGGAUCAGAUCUUCCAUCCCUGUCUGAAAUCUUAAUUCAAUGACCUUGUUUGUAGUUUGGGGAAGCUGUGGGCACUGACAGCUUUCAGCAUCACCUUCCUCUUCAGCCAUCCCUUGAGCCUGCUUCUCUUUUUAAGCUUGGCAGAGCUCGUUUAUUUUUUUGGUCUGCAUCAAAAAUGUUCUGCUGUGAAGCAGAGCUUUGGCAUCCCCAGAGCUUCCCAGUCACACCCCAGCCCAGCAGUCUCAUGGAUGCAGGAUGAUGGGUAGCAGGCCCCACAGGAUUUGGGGGUCCCCUCUUUACAGAUGAUAAUGUUUAGUCAGAAAACUCUUCAGUCAUUUACACAAGAACUUCUCAACAGAUGAGCUGUCCUGUCCCUUCUCCCUCUGCCAGGUCAAUCCUGCUGCAUGAGAACCCCUUCCUGUGCAGAGGGAGAGGUUUUGCAGGGCUCUGCCUAAACAAAAGACCUCUCACAAAUGGCAGUGGAGGAACAGCUGCAGUUUCCUACCCCUGUCUGCAGCACAGAGACUCUGGAGGCUCAGCCCUGGCAUGAACAGACACCAGCAGCUCCCAGUGCUUCCCACAUGCUUCAGGGCUGUUCAGACCCUCUGGAUGUGCUUUGCUCAGAGUUCCCUGGCUCCUGGCAGGGUGAGACAUGAACCUCGGGCAUACAAACUCCUCCUUUACCCCAGCACACUUUGCCUAGUCCUUUCUCUCUGUGCUCUCUGUACAAGGCUCUGAGCUCUCUCCACCUCACAGAGCUCUCUCCCAGCUUCUCUCUGCAAUUUUCCUAAAAGAAACUCCAUGUCUGCUUUGUGUGGCUCCCAAUUCCCUAUUUUCCCCAGGAGAAGAGGUGGAGUUAAACCUUUCCUGUUCUUCAGAUGCUUUGCACAUUUGGGUUUAUUUUCCCCCCCUGUUUUCCAAAGGCUGCUCUGAAGCUGGAGCCAGCACAAGGAGCUGUAUCCAUGAGCUGAUUCCUUCUCUCUCCAUCUCCCUGUGACCCCGCUUGCAACUGAACAUAUUUUCCAUUGCCUCUGGAGCUCGCAGAGGGAGCCUUUGAUAUGUGACAGCCCCAGGGCCCCGACAAAGAGCAGAUGCUUUCUCUCAGAUUUGUGGCAUGUGGAGUGUUACAGCAUCUCUGGACUGUAAAGAUGGUUGUCAAAUGUUAAA